AAAAAUAUUAAAAUUUUGAGAUUUUGGGGAUUUAUGCUAUAUCAUUAGGAACAGAGGAACAGUUGUUCCAUAUACAGUGUGUUAAUUAAUUAUCGUACCCGACGUCAUUAUUACAAGUAUGCAACCAAUAUCACAGUAUUUUUAUUGCAAUAUGCGAUUUGUGUAUGAUGUAUAUUGCGCUGUGAUAUUGGUUGCAUACUUGCAAUGAUGACGUCGGGUACGGUAAUUAAUUAACACAUUGUACAUGUUAUUUUUAACUAUAUAGGAGAACAAUAUUGUACCUGUUCUCCAAAAAUAUUAGUUUAUAACAUCUUUAAUAUAAACAACCAUUCCUGCUAUGAAUUAAAAAAACGUUAUUAAUAUCGCAUAGAUAACAACGCCAUCAUUCCGAGAUAUAUUUCCUCUAAUACUAAAUAAAAAACAAAUGUGCGUAAAGUUUUAGUUUUAAAUUCGUUGGAUUUAUUAAUAACACAUUUUUUUGUUAUUCUUACUAAAUAUUACCUAAAAACAUACAGUAUCUAUAAUCUAAAAUAGAAUCCAUUCGAACUGAUCUGAAUUAAUAAAUACAUCAUCAUAGUUAGUACUUGACCAUUUUAAAAGUAAUCGAAGUAAUCUUUUAAUAGCUCAACCUUGAGACUCGAGAAGAUUCAUUGCCAGGACUCCGAUUAUUUUUAAAAUAGCCACCGAGAGUUUGUUCUUUAGUUUUAAUACAUUUAACGUUCGUAAUAAACUAUAUGCCCAUAAAAAUAAUAAGUGCGAUAGAAUUAACAAUUAUUAUAAAAUCGGUGCGGGCGCUAAAAACGUUUACAGUAAUAGGAUUAUUGACUCGCUUUUAGAGACCCGGAUAUAAAUACAAAGUAGUAUUUAUAUAAAAGCUCCUCUUGUGCGCACGCGCUAACAUUAAAGUUUUCCACCGCCGACUUGACGAAGUUAUCAUGUUAGUUUUUUUAAUCCAUAUAACUAAACGGAUAACAUUUAAAGAUACUUAUCGAAUAUUUCCUGAUGAUUAGAAGAUAUUUUUGAUGAAGACUGAUUGAUUUUAAUGAAGUUUUAGACAAGUUUUAGGCAUAAAAUCGGGAGUAGCAAAACGUCCGCUCGGUAACAAGUGAGGGUUGCAACUGGAAAAUCAGAGUGUGCCGUGCGAAAAGUACUAAAGAACAAUGUGGAGGAGAGCGUGCGACGUCCGUACGGUUAUUGAUUUUGUCCGUAGACUGCGCAACAGACUAUUUUAUAACUAAGUACUUCCAUAUUGGAUCAUGCUCCGAGUGUUCGGGCUUCGAAAACUUUUUUACACCCUUCUCCGUCUCUGUUAACCAACUUGCGGACAAGUUCGCAAACUGCGUGCGGACUUUUAGAGGACUGAUUUUUGUGCGGUUUUCGACGCGUAUAAUCUACAGAAACGGUUGUCAGGUGUCCAAAAUGAGUGGUAAUAGUAAAAAAGGUCAAAGUCAUUCCAUAGAAUACCUACUAAGUAUUCAACCUUCGACGUCUCGUGGGAGGAGACAAAAUGCCCAGGGUAGAAGCGGAACAAACCCGCCAGUUAAAAAGGGCUUUUCAAAAGUAAGAAUAUUAGAUGAAGAUACGAGAUUAGAAGCACCAAGUUCACCGGAAGUGGAAGAUCUUACUGUAACAAGUCGACCUUCUACUAGUAAGGCAAUGAGCAAGGUGGACGAUUGUCGACCCGGCGGGGUUAGAAAAACUACCAACGUCGAGCAAAAAUCUAACCGAGCUUUCUGUUUUCCCACGCAACUGAAGAAACGAAAGCUCGAAGAACCGGAAGUCGUAUCGAUGAAAACUGUGCAAAAGAGUAGUCCAAAUCAAGAUAUGUGCGACGAGAAACGUCGGAGAAAAGAGGACUCUAAAACGGAUUUAGAAUCGCCCAAGUUAUUAGUCUUGCCGCAAAAGAAACGCGUUCUUCCACAGCAAGCUAGCCCGGCAAGAAAAUGUGCUAAGAUCUCGCAAGAAGAACCUGGUGCUGAUGAAAAUUUAAUUCGAGAAACGGAAGCCGCAUUAAAGAGCUUAUCAGGAAGUUGGGCGGGACAUCGGGGUACAUCGUACAAAGACGAAUCUCCAGCUUUCGAAAAUCUGUUUGCCGAAAAGAAGUCGAAGUUAUCUCCAUCAUCGGCGUGUUCCAAUAGUAAUGACAAUAGUUGUUCGUUAAAAGACGUUAUUACCCUUAGAGAUCAACACGAAGACUCCGAUAAACCCAUAAAAAUAAAACAGGAAUUAUCUGAUAGUAAAUCCGAAGAUUGUCAAUACAAGAAAACUAAGAUUAAUAUCAAAACGGAACAGUCACAUUACGAACCACCAGACUUUAAUGAACUGGUCGACGACUCUUCAAAUGAAUUGGAAAUUGAUAUGUCUGAAGCAAACUCUGAUAGAACAGAAAGCGGUGACGAUAGAGAACACAAAAAGAAAGAUGAAGACAAAUCCUACAGCGAACAAAUAUACCACCCAUUUCCAAGACCAAACACAUCGCAUCCAUCACCAUUUUCAACCACAUCGGCCUUCAGACCACCUCAAACAACCACGAAAACUCUCACGGCAUUAGGUCCUUAUCCAGCAGAAGCAACUUUUGUCGGAUAUCCACCCAGCAUAGUUAAUCCAGAAGAAAAAAAGUCAACGGUCAACUUAAUGCAUCUAAAAACUCCCGAACCGGAAGCAGUGAACGUUGCAGUAAAGGCAUCCGUCGCGUCUCCUGAAGCAGUCAAUAAACAGUAUACCAUCCUACAACCUGCUGGUGGUUCUAGAGCUGCCAGUGCUUUACAAGAAGCUGCAAGAGAAGGAAUUACCGUUUCUGCAGUUAGUAGUGCUUCAACCACUGAAACUAAAUUAACCACACCUACAAUGUCAAUGUCACCAUCAAGUUUAAACAGAGAAGGAAGUAAAUGUCCCACACCAGGAUGUACCGGCCAAGGUCACGUUACGGGGUUGUACUCGCAUCAUAGAAGUCUUUCCGGAUGCCCGCGAAAAGACAAAGUCACUCCCGAAAUCCUGGCCAUGCAUGAGACCAUCCUGAAAUGUCCGACGCCCGGCUGCAAUGGCAGAGGUCACGUGAGCUCAAAUAGAAACUCCCAUAGAAGCCUUUCUGGUUGUCCAGUUGCUGCAGCUAAUAAACAGGCUGCUCGUGAACAAAAAUAUCAAGCUAGCUUACAACAUAGAGUUAAAUCACCACACGUAUUUGUUUCAUCGUGUCAAUCAGAAUACUCAUCUAGUUACGAUGGAAAACAAACUCCAAUGCCCUCCCACGAAGACGUUAAACCCACUUAUUUAGUAGGUUACGGUUCAUCUGAAAGCGAUUCAAAGCCAGACUACGACACGUAUUACAAGCAACAACUGAAAGAACCAAUGAAAAUUCCAAAAGCUGAAAUAUCUUCGACCAGUUGUUGUAGCAUAAGUGGUCGAAGCGAAUUACUUAUACCAAAAACGGAGGCAAAUACUUGUCGUUCUCCUUCGUCCAGUAUGAGACCUACGUACGAUUCUUACAUGAAUCAAGACUCAAAUUCAUCUUCAAUGUCUAGCGCCGAAAAUAUUAACACAAGAAUACCACAAAACCAAAUUCAUCAUUCAGUUUUAGCCCAGCAUCCGCAGCAAUCUUAUGGAAUUGACGAUGGUAGAAAUCAAUUAUCCCAUAGAUCACCUUACCAUCAAUCGCCGAUGUCUGAAGAAAUGUAUCAAAGAGCUGACAUUAGAACGUACGCGGAUAUGAGUGAUCCAAUGAGUGGAGGAAUCGCAAGACCAGUAGUUACAUAUUCAAAUGAAAUGAGCAGACCUUACGAAUCUUCCUUAGUAAGCGCUGCGAGUCAUAGACCGUAUGAUCCUGGUACCGCCACUGCCUUCGAACGAUAUGAUUCAUCAAGUCAAUGUGGAUCAUUACAACAGGGUCUCAUGCCUCCCAGGGUACCUCCUCAAGGUAUGUACGAAUAUUCUUUGGAGGAACAACAGAGGUAUCAACAAGAAGCUGCACAACAACAUCAAAUGGCCAUGGCUAAUGCAUCUGCAGUUGGGGUUAUGAAAACUGAACCCGAUCAAGAACCAACUGGUCCAUUAUAUCCAAGGCCUAUGUAUCAAUAUGAAACGCCGGGUGGUACUUUGCCGGUGGGGUUUUCAGCCAUCAACCUAUCAGUGAAAUGUGCAACAACCGCACAAGGUCAUAUGAAGGGUGUGGGUCCUCAGACAUCACCUGGUGGUAGUGUUAUUGACUUAUCUACAUCUAGUGUUACAACAACAAGUCCACAGGUGGCCUACAGUUCGCCCCAUUACGGAGGCCAAAGGGUCGGGGGUAGCCCGCAGGCCGCGGCCAGUCCCCACCUGUCCGCCAGUCCGCAGGUCCCGAGUCCGCAGGGGCAGACCUUGGACCUCAGCGUUAGUCGCCUAUCCCACAGCAGCAGCAGCGACACGAGCGUCCAAUACCAAAGUGGAGAGCCAGUGCCGCUGAUGCCGGUGCGUGGAUUCGCCGCCGCCGCCCACCCGACGAGCAGGAGCAGGGAGCAAACCGAACCCGUUGACUUUUCCGCCGCUAACGAGCCGGUCAAUUUCAGUGGCGUGCGCCCGGUGACGGCGUUUUCGGCCGCCGCCGGUCCUGUUCUGGCGGCGCCCGGAGCCGCCUCAGCAGCCGCGGCCGCCGCCGCAGCAGCAGCAGCUGCAGCCGCUGGUUACAGUAGGGAGUCAACACCGGAAAGCGGUGGCUCACAUUAUAUGGACGCCUAUCGUGACCCUUCAGGAUACGGUCCCAUGAGUCCACAUCCGGGGUAUGGUAUGACGACCGUUACGGCUGACUACCCAGCGAAUCCUUACACAUCGUAUCCUGCUAGCGGCUAUUCCUGCGCCGGAGGGUAUCCCGGUACUGUAACCACCGGGUAUCCAGCGCCUCCUGGGGGUUACUCUCCAGGUCCAUGCUAUUCGAUGCCACCACCGCAACACACCAUGACCCAACACGACAAGCAACCCAGCAAAGAUGGAAGUUUAUCGGGAUGUCCGCGAGCGGACCGUUCGCAAAUUCAAGCUCACUCCCAAGAGUUGAAGUGUCCAACGCCGGGAUGCGACGGAUCGGGACACGUGACCGGAAACUAUUCGUCCCACAGGAGUCUGUCGGGUUGUCCCAGAGCGAACAAACCCAAGAGCAAACCAAGGGAUGGACAGGACUCGGAACCGUUAAGAUGCCCAAUACCGGGUUGUGACGGAAGUGGACAUGCGACAGGAAAAUUCUUGUCGCACAGAAGCGCUUCCGGCUGUCCCAUCGCCAAUCGUAACAAAAUGAGAGUUUUGGAAAGCGGAGGAACCGUAGAACAACAUAAAGCUGCCGUAGCUGCUGCCACAGCGAUGAAAUUUGAAGGAGUUAACUGUCCAACGCCUGGUUGUGAUGGAACGGGGCAUAUAAAUGGGUCCUUUCUAACCCAUCGGUCAUUAAGCGGAUGUCCUGUUGCUGGACAAACUGUAAAGAAGACGAAAUAUUCCGAUGAGAUGCCGUUUUACUCAAAAGGAUACACAGGAAUGGAGAACAAUGGAAGCGGAGAGGAUCUCAUGACCUUGGAAGCUGAAAUCACCGAGCUACAGCGGGAAAACGCUCGAGUGGAAUCACAGAUGCUCAAGCUUAAGUCUGAUAUAAAUGCCAUGGAGAGCCAUUUGAGUCAAGGGGAAAAGGAAACCCAAGUGAUUGCCGCCCGAAAUAACAACCUGAACGAGUACUACGAGAGCCUGAGGAACAACGUUAUAACGUUGCUUGAACACGUUCGACUGCCGGGCGCUAAUCCGCAAGACAAGAUUGGCCAGGAGAAUUUCGAUUCGUAUCUAACCAAGUUACAGACGCUGUGCACGCCGGAAGGUUACGGAAAUGAAGAGAACAGGCCCUUAUACGAGACGGUUAAAUGCGCUCUACAAGAUUUUACGGUACUCCCAACUCCAAUAUAAGUUAGCCAAAGUGGAAACAAUUAAAAAAAAAUGAUAAAAAGGGGGAGGUGAAAAUAAAACAUGUAAAUUUUUCAAACCAGUACGUAAAUUUAAAUUGUGAUCUUGUGUAUAUAAUAUAAUAAUCGAUCAUUUAUUAAUUCGAAGUCAAUGUUGAAGACGUACUCCAAGGGAUUAAUUCUACAACGUUAUUCAUUCAAAGUAAAAGAAAAUCAUCCCUUAACAGGUUUAGAUCGUGUACAUUGUAUAUAAAAUACCGAAGUUUAAAAAAGAAAACGUACUUCUCCAUUAAGAAAACAUGAAAGCUCAUGAAUUAAUGUUAAUUGUAUAAACGUGUAGUCAAACAUCCAAGUUUUCUUUUUUAUUUUUUGGUUCAUUUUGAAACAAAAAUAUAUUAAUUAAAGCAUAUAAGCUCCUUGUAAUCAGAUUAAAAGUGAAAAAAAAAACAAUUUUGAUCAUUAUAGAAACAUUAAAGACGAAGAAGAAGCUGUACAAAAAACUAAUAUUAACGAUCCUCCAGUUUAAGGAGUUGUAAUAUAUAUUUUAAUAUCUCGCUUCUGUCCGUCUCCCUAAGAAAUCCCCCUCCCCCCGAAAUCUUGCGUUUUUUUGUUGAACAAAUUCGUUUCUAGAUAAUCUGUGAUUAUGUAUACUUAGUGUUUAUAACGAAUAGUUACCAAAGAACGGUGUUAUUUGUAAAACCAUUAACAAUGUGCAAUGUAUAAAAAUUAAACAAACCAGAAAAAGUUAACAUACAUACACACAAAACACUCGGAAGGUGUUCAUAAGCGUUUAUAAUAAGUUAAAAUAAUAUAUUAUUAUUGUGAUGCACUCUUCUCGACGAGUUUUUUCGUUCAAUUAUCGUUUUUGCCUGCGUUAUAUUUAUAGACAUGUUUUUUCUAUCUAAUUUUUGAUAAUGAUUAUUAUUAAUAAAAUUGUUUCCUAUUUUUUAUUUAUUUAUUAUAAUAAAAUACGAUCGCGCGUUCCGUUUUAGAUACGCAAUCGGAAAUAAUGUUGUGGAAUCUUGUACAUAUAUUAUUAGGAAGUCAAAUUCUCAAUAUGAAAGUAUUAUUUGUUCACACCAAAUAUAUAUGUUAAACUACAUGUGUUGUUAUUAUAAAUAAAAAUAA